UGGAGUGUAUCUGCUCCACAGUGAUGCACGUUGAUGGACCUGCCGUUCGUUUUCAGCUCUAGUUCCAUAUGGACUUUGCCUUGAAGAUCCUCGACGCGUCAUAGUUUUAAUUUAAAUUUUUUUUUUUAUUAUAUAAAUCAUAACCAUGUUGAAGAAUAAUGGUAAGAAAACAGCCGUGUGCCUGCUCAGCACGGCAGCUCUCUCCCUGCUGCUGCUGCUCCUGGUGGCCGUGCACCAGCGGGUCCACCGGGUGGAUGAGGGCACGCGCGGCGAGGGUCCGGAGUCGGGAGAUGCUGCGGCCAAAACGGAGGAGCUGGACGCUGCGGCGAAGAAAGGAUUCUCGGCGUACUUCAGCAAACUGAGCCGCGGGCGCAGGGAAGCGGAGAAACCCGCGGGGUCACCGCUCUCCUCCGCCGAGCCCCCUCGGGUGGAGGACAUCAGCGCGAAUGACAUCUUCAUCGCGGUGAAGACCACCAAGAAGUUCCACCAGUCCAGGCUGAACCUGCUGCUGGACACCUGGAUCUCCAGGAACAUGCAACAGACCUACAUCUUCACGGAUGGAGAAGACGAGGAGCUGAAGAAGAAAAUCGGAAGUCAUGCCAUCAACACCAACUGUUCUGCAGCUCACAGCCGACAAGCGCUGUCCUGUAAGAUGGCAGUGGAGUACGACAAGUUCAUAGAGUCGGGCAAAAAAUGGUUCUGUCACGUGGACGAUGACAACUAUGUAAACGUUCGGACUCUGGUGAAGCUCCUGUCUCAGUACCAACAUACCCAGGACAUGUACAUCGGCAAACCCAGUUUGGACCGGCCCAUAGAGGCCACGGAAAGAUUGGGUGACAAUAAAAUGAAAUCCGUCAAUUUCUGGUUUGCUACCGGCGGAGCUGGCUUCUGUGUUAGCAGGGGCCUGGCACUGAAGAUGAGCCCAUGGGCCAGCGGUGGCCAUUUUAUGAACACCGCAGAAAAAAUCCGUCUGCCCGACGACUGCACCAUCGGUUACAUCAUCGAGUCAGUUCUGGGAGUUCCUCUGACACGCAGUAACCUGUUCCACUCCCACCUGGAGAACCUGCAGCAGGUGUCGAGGACGGAGAUCCACAAACAGGUCACACUCAGUUAUGGGAUGUUUGAAAACAAGAGUAACAUCAUCAAUCUGAAAGGGGCUUUUUCUGUGGAGGAGGACACAUCCAGGUUCAAGUCUGUGCACUGUCUCCUGUACCCAGACACCCCGUGGUGUCCCCCUCAGGUUGCCUUCUAGGGCGACUGCUCCUUUCUCAUCCUCGUCCCCGUCACGUCUCGGUAUCUGAAAGACGUGAAGGGACCAGUGUUUGGUAUUAGACCGUGCGGCUACUGUUGCUGCAGUGGUGCGCGGUCUCUAAUAGUUUUACUGGGCUGCUGUGCGGCCCGUCUCGGGACUAUUUCUUCCUGUCGGGAUCCGGGGAGCUUCCCUCAGUGUCUGUGAGGACUCCUGGUCCCGGACAGGAAGUAGCUUUCAGCGUCGACCUUUUGCAGGCAAUCAUUUGAGCUUUCGUCGAUGUGUAUGUUGCUUGUAAAUGUAUCUGCAAUUCUCAUAGAAUGUAUUUGUCGAAAUAAUCCAGCCUCGUUGCCAGCUUUUACACUAACAUUUCUCCGCGUUUCGGUUUGAAGACGUGUUCCACAUAUCCAGGUUUUUAGGUUUUGUCGUGUAUAUUUGCUUAUUUUUCGGGAUUUUUAUUUUUAUUAUUGUUCUGCCGAUGACUCCGGACAAAUUCUCGAGCAUGAAGAUUUUUUUUUGUGUGUGUGUUUUUAAGUUUACAGUGUUAUUUUAUCUCCCUGUCUGAGCUGGCAGUGGGCAGAUGUCCAAAAGCAUCCUACGGUGACCUAAUCUGAGGUUUAUCGGGACAAAGCACUUUUGAUAUGAUUUUUUUUUUUUUUUGAAGAUUUGGGACCAAGCUAAGAAAUAAUUCACCCCUGGUUCAUUCGUAUUUAAAAAAAAACACUCCUUGCAUUUGUAACAAUCAGGGGAGAAAAAAAACAAGGAGUUGAUUUGGGGGUGCAAUCAUUCUUUAAUAAUCUUUGAUUUUAUUUUUUUUAAAUAUAAUAUUGCACAGCUGGAUUUCAAAUGAGAGCUGAUGUUUACUCCUGGGAAGACGCUAACCUCUCAAGCUUCAACAGAGUUUUAAGACUACGCACUCACAGACCCCAAAAAGCAAAGACGUCCACAUGAAACCCGAAACUAUCCCUUGGCCAACAUGCAACCAUUCCAUGCCCACAUCUGGUAUUCAGACCAUAGUUGUCUCCAAACUCCAUAUCAAAAAUGUCUGGGCCAUAAUAUGGUCGAUCGACAGGCUAAGAGGUUUGAUUCCGAAUUAGCCUAGCUUUAGCUUACAUCCUCGUUACUAUACUACGAAUGUCAGCUGCAGCUAAAAGCUGGGUUAAACCCUUCUGAAUACCACGUGUGGGCCACUCGAGACCAAAUGUGGUACGCCAAAUACUUCCAGUACGUUGUUGUACGCGGGCCAAGGAAAGUAGCGGUGAACUCAUGUCUAACCUAAGUGGGCCAGAUGGAUUUGCUGAGUGGGUGUGUAUCUGAAUAAUAGUCAUUAAAAAAAAAAAGAAAAGAAAUAAUAACAAAGAUGUUCUUCACUGAACUGUGCCGGUACUGUUGCUGUCUGUGAGGUAGAACCUUCCCAGGAACAACAUCGGUGCUUCCACAUGGAGCUGUUUGUUUUCCCUCCGUGUCGUUUCUCGCCCAUAUUGGGUGUCGCUGUACAUCUGGAUUACAGUAUUGUGUACUGUGGCUUUUGUUUAGACAAGUAGUUACUGUACAAGUUUAGAAUGUAAUUACUCCCUCCUCUGUCCCCCCCCCCCCCCCCUCUCCCCCCCCCCCCCUCUCCCUCCGCUCUCUCUUCCAUCCCCUCUUUCUCUCCCUCAUAUUGUGGUUUACAUGUGCUUUUAAUGACCUGGAAAUGAUUGUUGUAAUGCUUUGAACUGUAUGACUGAACAGCUGAGGUUUAUUCUCCAGUAUCUGGAGGGUUCACACAGUUCACCCACAAUUAAUGGCUUCUCAGGGAUUAUGAGCUUGCUCUGUCCGUCGCACGGGGACCCACAGUGGGACCUUCAAGACUUUAAAUAAAAGUGCAUAACCACUGGGAAACGUAA